AUGCCACCGGUCCCCUCGAUCCCCAAGGAGUACCAGACGGCGCCGGCGUCGACCCAUGUCGCGCCACCACCGCAGACCAAGCCCGAGGCCAAGAGCGGCGGCUUCAUGUCGCUGUUCAACAAGUUCAAGGGCAAGAAGGCCAAGGCCGAGGCACCACCGCCGCUGCCCACACCACCGUCUUCCUUGCCCUCGUCAUCGCCGACCUGGCGCGACGAGUCGUCUGGCGAGCUGCCCAAGACCAAGGCCGAGCUCAAGGCAGAGGAGAAGGCCGAGAAGAGAAGAAGCAAGGCCGCGGUCAAGGCCGCCAAGCGCCAGUCCCAGUCGGCCGCGCAGGUCUACGCGACGACGUACAUGACGACGUCGCAGAGAGCCGCGAUGGCGCUCGACAAGAGCCUCGACAACAACCAGCUCAAGGUCGAAAAGGUCAAGGCGCCCGCCAGUGUCCACGGCGUGCUGCUCGACAUGCAGCGCUCGUCGGCCGUCAUUGAGCGCCGCGCGACCAUCCGCCGCCAGAGCCUGCAGCUCCAGACAGACAAGCACGCCAGCGUCGUGUCCUCCAAGACGGGGCACAGUGUGGGCGGCGCUCCCACGUCUGCUGCUGCUGCGGCGCGCAAGUCGAGAAGAGUCCCAGUGCCGACCUUUGAGCCGGACGAGAGCGAGCCCAUGCCCAUGCCUGGCGACCGGCCGGCGCCAAUGGACCUCGAGGUGUCCCCCGAGGCCGCAGCCGCAGCCAGAGCCGCCGCGCUCGCCCGCCUCGAGGGCAAGCCGUCCCAGCGCACCCCAGUCUCCGAGGACGAGCACGCCCACAUCCUCGUGUCCAACCUCACCACCCAGAGCAACGACGGGCACGUCCUCCGCACUAAGCCAUCCCUACAGUCGAUCAGCGAGAAGCCCGAGGCCACGGCACCGCUACGCACCAAGCCGUCGCUCCGCAAGAUCGACACGGUCGACAUCCUGCAGGUCAAUGCCGCGGACAUCCCACGCUCGCCUAUUGCCGACCGCACCGAGCCGGCAACGCAGGUGCCGGACCUGAGCGACAUUGUGCGCCCCAAGCACACUGGUGCAUCACCUGCUGCUAUGCCGUCGCACGCUGUGACCCGCGGACUGUGGACGACCGAGCCGGAGGAGAUGGAGGGGGCUGAGCCGCUCCUCCCCACCGCGCAGCGCAGCUUUAACACGUUUCCGCGCUCGGCCACAGGCCCCACGCUGCGCCGCACCAAGCCGUCGCUGAGGAACCUCCACAAGUCGCCGUAUGACCGCUCGGCCGACGCGUCGUCGGACGAGACGCACGAUGUGGUCCGCCCGCUCGACAUCCGCGUUGUCACGCGUUCGGCAACGUUUGGACCUUGCUCCAACCUCAACGAGCCGGCCACACCGAGCUCGUUUGAGCACGCCGCCUCGGAGAACGGGCAUGCUUCGAGUGCUGGCGUCGGGUCGAUGGCUGAGCACCGUGCUGCUGCUGUGCGCAGAUACGGCUCGCUCCUGGGCUACGGGCACAGUGGGACGCCAGAGCGCAACGGGUCGACGGCGACGCACGCCGUGCCCUCCCUGCUCGGCCACGGCUCGAGCCUCGGUCACGGCACGAGCCUGACGCACAACUCGUUCCUCGACUCGGCGCCGCCGUCGCCCAUGGGCCUGCGUACGCCGCCCGACUCGCACGACGGCGACCACGAGACGGCCACGACGCCGACGACAAAGUCCAAGUGGCGCAAGUCGGCGCAGUCGCUGUCGAGAAAGCUCAGCACAAAGACGAGCGCGACGAGCCUCCGCGCAGCGAGCCUGAGCCGCAAGCUGAGCACCAAGCCCAAGGAGCCGCCUACCAGCUACGACGCGUACGAGGCCAAGCAGCGCGAGCUUGCGACCCGGCGUCGCAGCUGCAACCCGAUGGUGCACGAUAACGCGAGCCUGCAGGCCGAAAUCAGCGAGGUGCGCGACAAGGAGGAGGUGCGGGUUGCCGAGACGUUCUUCCUGUCGUAG